CGCGCAUGCUCCGAGUUACUCCUGCAGACACGUGUGAGAAGCGUCUUGUUGUACUUCGCUUGAGUAUAUUUCGCUUCUAAUUUUAACUAUACAAAAUGCAACGAGAGUAUUUUUGGGGCGCUGAACUCAGUAAAUUACAAACAGUUUCAAAAUGGUCACCGGAACGGGGUAGUGGUGAUGAUGGGCUUGAGCACAUAUUGGAACUCAAACAGGCGGUUCUUGGAGCUAAAGCCACUGCAGGUGGGAGAAAUAUAGUUGAAGUAACGACAAACACAUUUGAAGGAAACUCUGUCAAACAACCUAUUUUAUCUCUUGAACUUGGGAAAAAUGAUGCGUGCUCUAUGAACCUUACAUUCCGAGCUCCAGCUACUUUUAAACUUAUUAAAGGAUCAGGUCCAGUUUACUUGGCUGGCACACAUGUACUAGAAUUGGAAGAUGUCUCAGCUAUGGACUCCUCGUAUCUAGAAGGAGAAGCAGAGGAAGAGUCAUCAGACGAUGAUGAAAUGGAAGAUGCGUCACCAGAUUUGAAAAAAUCCAAAAAAAGACCAGCUAACACACCACAGACAGGAAAAUCAAAAAAAGUUGCCAAACUAGAUUUAAGUAAGACCUCAACAGAAGGUGACGAAGACAGUAGCGAAGAAGAAGAUUCCGAUGACGAAUCCACUAGUGAUUUGGAUGAAGAAAAUUCUAAAAAGUUACUGGCAGGCCUUGCCGAUGCCGAUUCUGAUGACAGUGAUGAUAGUGAUUUUGAUGGCGACAGUCAAGAAGAAAGUGAGGAGGAAGGAGACAGUGAUGAAGGGGAGGAGGACGAUGAAGAGGAUGAGAGUGAUGAGUCAGACGAGGAGGUUGUCAUACCAACAGCAAAAAAGGGAAAGGGCAAACCUCAGGUGAAUGGUAAACCUGGUUCCGCAAAGAAAACAGAAACAGCAAAACCAGAGGCUAAAACUCCCACCAGCAAAGGAGGCAAGAAGGAAAAGGAUACACCAAAGGGAACACCAAAAAGUAUAAAGAAAUAUAAUACUCUGGAAGAAAUUAAAUCUGAUAUAGUAAAGUCUCCUGCGAUGCCCAAGAAAAACACAAAAUUUGAAAACUGGGUUCGGAACAAAUACAAAGUUGAAGACAAGGAGAAAAUCAGUGAACUGUGGACAUGGCACCAGAAGACCAACUUGAAGCAGUAAUAACAAUUGUUUUCGUUUUGUAUUCACAUGAUCAUGUAAACAAGAUUUAUAGAACCUCUCAGUUGAGUGAAAACAGUGUUACAGUAUCCAGCCAUUUUUAUUUCAUUUCAUAUUCACUGAUGCGGUUCGCUAGCAACAGAUUGCUGAUACCCGACCCCCAGCAUUUCCUCAAUUAAGUCAAGAAAUCAGACUCAUUGCAUUGAAAUUAUUAUUUUUAUGAUACUUGUUGACAAAAACAUAUUCUGAGUCAAUACCUGUCUUCUUGGGCAUGUUUGUAUAUCUCUGACUCCCCUAGAAAACUUACUGGGUAUUCAAUGUAAACUAUAGUUUAUUUUAUUUCAGUUUUCGUAAAGUAUAUUCAUUACUAAUAACUGUAAAUGCUCUGCGAACGGUGUGUGCCCUCUGCGGACGGUGUGUGCCCUCUGCGUCCUUCAUUUGAUUUAGCUCUAAGUUGUUUAUAAAUAUAUACUGAAGAUGAUAUCCAUCUAUAUAUACUUUUACUAAGUUCUGUUUCUGUGUUGACGUCAAACAUCAAUAAAAUUAUAGUUUAUAACCGC